AUGAGGCCCAUGGGCAAGCACGGCGACACCAAGUCGCGUAAGGUGACGCCGCCGGCAGCUUCUUACAUGUCCAAUGAUCAGUUUGCCAACUACCUCUCAGAACUACGGUCCAACCGGAUGGCACGGCCAGGCGGUGCACGCCCUCAGCCUGCCGGAGCUCGCCCGCCGCCUCCAGCUCGCUCCAGCAUGAGCCGACCUAGCCUCGACGCCUCUUCACAAGCAGAAAGUCACGUCAGCGGCGCCAUCUCUCCAAACUUUCCGUCUCCCUCCAACGCCCCGAGCGUCUCUUCCCGCUACUCGCUCUCCAGCAUGCGUGGCCGUGACUACUAUCCGACCAAGCCUGCCGCUCAGCCUCCCAAGCCUGACGACGUGGUCCCCACGGGCGUCUACAUGGAGCGCGGCCAGCGCUGGAUGGAGAAGGAGGAAGCUUUUUCCCUCCGUGACGCUAUGGAGGAGAUGGACUUGCGCGAAGCCUCCCAGACCUCCUCCAAAGACUCUCCCAAAAAAUCUCACAAGGAGUCCCAACCCUUGGAUGACGAGGAAGCCCGCAUACAUGAUGCUGCUCUCAACGAGGCUGCUGAACUUGUCUGGCAGCACCAGAACCCCGGCCAGGUCCGUCCUCCUGACGGUCCCUACCGCUACCGUCCACACCUUCGCAAGAACAGCUACGCCCAUGCUCGCGCCGCUAGUGCCGGUCGGUAUGGUGAAGACAUUGCUACAAGUGGUCUGGCUAGGGAUUCCUCGUCUCGCUCCGUGUCUGGGAGCUCCUCCGAGGGCGGUGAGGGCUUGAAAAGGGGCCGUACGUCGAUAGAUUCGAUAGGCUCGAAGUCUCGAACCUACGGAAGCGUUGGCUCUCGUGCUGAGCCGGCUUCCAACUCUGGUCGCCGCAGCAGCAUGAGGCGAAACAUCAGUGGCGAAGUGAACAGGCCUUUCUCAGGCGUCCAGAUAUGGGAAGAGCCCGAGUCUGCGUCUACCACCGGCGCCACCGAGUCCGGUCGGGCAUCUCCAGACAAGCUUAGCAACAAGCCUCAAAACCCCCUCAACCGUGUCCGCUUCCAGGGCUCUACCGAGGAGCCGGAUUCUGUCAAGCCUCACCAUGAUCGCGUCGAGAUUCAUCGCAACCCGCCCACGCGGUCACGGGAUGCCCAAUACCAGAGAAAUUCUACCCUAUCGUCGACGCCGUCCCCGGUUAAUGACAAGGUGGAGAGGAAGAAUGGCGUCGAGAUCCGCAGCCAGGAUAUUCGCGAGGCCACCAGCAUGAGGUUGAAAGACCGCAGCCCCAGGCUCCCUGAGCCCACCGCCGUCAGCGACAGUCCCGGACGGCCUAUUGUAAGCUUCAAUGCUAACUGGAGAGCCCCGGACGAACCCACUGAUUCGAGCCCAGAAAAAGGACCAGCAACGUCGUCGCCGUCACGCAGACAGUUCCACUCCAGGCCGCAGCCCCAGCCUGUGGGCAUCCCUUCAGUCUCUGUGGAGGCGGACCCUGCACCGCGGCCACGUUCGUCGACAUGUGCGGAUAUACCGUCAAUAAAUGUGGCUGCCCCCGAGGCUCCCUCGACGCGGCCCCUGCCAACCAUCAACGUCCCCACCAUUGCCGUUGAUGAAUCGUCCGGUGAUGUUGGCAGCCGCGAUAACAAUGACAGCAGCAACAACAUUCCCUCCAUCUGCCUCCCGGGUGAAGAACCAGCCAAGAACUCGCAGUCUGGUAGUCAAGCAACAUCCCAGCGACCGCUCCCUGCACAGCGGCCGCAGCGAGCACAGCUGCCGCCACAAGGCCACUGGUCACGGGCCUCUGGCGCCGCCGGUAAGGGGCUUGCCAUGUGCCAUGAGUGUGGCUAUCCCAUCGACGGACGGUUUGUCAAGCUUGCCGGCGGCCCGGAACGCUUCCACCCCCAAUGUCUGAGAUGCUGUACCUGCGGCACCAGCCUUGAGGCCAUGGAGAUUAGCCCUGAGCCCACCCAGGUGCGCGGUGAGCGUCUUGACCGGAUCCGCCGCCGCGAGGCAGGUGAAAUCCUGGACGAGACGCCGGGCAUGACCAUGGCCGAGGACGGCGAUGACCGUCUUCGCUUCUACUGCCAUCUCGACUGGCACGAGCUGUUUGCGCCGCGCUGCAAGCACUGUAAGACGCCCAUUCUGGGCGAGCACAUUGUAGCCCUUGGCCAACACUUCCACUACGGCCACUUCUUUUGCGCCGAGUGCGGCGACCCCUUUGAGCAGGGAAUGACGCACAUUGAGAAAGAUGGUUACGCCUGGUGCAUAAACUGUCAAACAAAGCGCACCGAGAGGCGCGCCCCCAAGUGCAAGAUGUGCCGCACGGCUGUGGUCGGCGAGUACAUCCGGGCACUAGGGGGUGAAUGGCACGAGCAUUGCUUCCGCUGCGCCGAGUGCCACGGUAGCUUUGACGACGGUCAGAUCUUUCCCAAAGAGCUCCCCGGUGGCAAGAUGGUGAUUAUGUGUACCUCUUGCCGUACACGGGAGCUGAAACGAUGA